AUGCCGUUGGUAAGGGAGGCCCUGAAUGCAGCUUCCAAAGAUGAACAAGCCGUGAGCCGUGUGAUUUUCCUGGACAUCGAUGGUGUGUUAAAUCGCACCCGCGCGGCCACGCACAUUCGCCUGGAUGAGGAUUUGAUGCUGCUGUUGAAGGACUUGGCCCUUCAGAGUGAUGCCCACAUUGUGCUGUCCACGUAUUGGCGUCACUUCACUGAAUAUAUCAGGUACGUGCUGACGAGGUAUGGCAUCCCGGGCUGGAAGGUGCUGGGUGCCACCCCUGGACUUGGCCAUUUGGAGGGCAGCUGCUUUGAUGACAAGGUGUACGCCAGCAGGAGCGAAGAAAUUUCUUCCUGGCUGCAGGACCAUCCUACGGUGAGCCACUUCGUGAUCUUGGACGAUCGGCGCACCGCAGGUUUUGGAGCGUUGGCGCCUCACUUUGUCCAUUGCAGGAGCGAGCUGGGACUGACCAAAGAGGAUGUACAGCUGGCUUUGGAGAUUCUGCAACUGCCGCGGGCCGCGCUGGCGGCUGUCAAACCUGGACAAAGAUCUGCCAUAGCCGUUGCUGUGGCGGCCUACGCUGCGGAGGUCGACGGUGGCUCCGCCUCUGAUGAGUCCGGUGGGGGCAACGAUGAUGCUGCUCUUGGGGAAGAGACUCAGCAGAGGUCUACGGCAAGAUGGACCGAUGAGGACUGGAGGUUGUGGAACUCCGGGGGUUGGUGGGAGGUUCCUGAUGAACGUGGAGGUGGCAACGACAAGAUCGUGGCCCCAGAGUUUUCUGGGGAAGAGGACCGUGAUGGAACUCGUGCUCGCAGCUACUUGAGGAAGAUCGAGGCAUGGCGGAGGGUUACCAGGCUCAAACCCAACAAGCGGGCCUUGGUCUUGUACAACGGCCUCACUGGUAAAGCAUGGCAUGAUGCUGAGGAGAUCGAUGUGAAGAUGCUUGACUCCAACGACGGUGUCGAGAAGUUCAUCGGCUGGAUCACCCAGCGCUACCUGGACAAGGAGGUCGUGAAGGCGGGCAGGUACAUGAGUGACUUCUUCAAGCUCUUUAAGCGGGGCACGAACCAGGACAUCAGGGACUACAACAGCGAGUUCGAUCGCCAUCUUACGAAGCUCAAAGAGGUUGGCUGUGUUUUGCCGGGAGUCUGCAGCUCAUGGUGGUACAUCGACAAGCUGAGGUUGGACAAUGCAACGGAGUUGAGCCUCUUGUCAUCCGUCAACAACCAGUAUGACUUGGGGCGAUUGCAAGAAGCUGCAGUUGUGCAGGACCGCAUGAACCGGCGCCUUUGGGAGACCGGGCGGAGAAGUGACAACAAGGACAACAAGAAGAACCAGCAGGCCUACAUGACUGAGCUUGACGACAUCCCUGAGGACAUGGAGGACUUCGAGGAUGCCGAGGACUUUGACGAGACCUACGUCCCUGACGAUGAGGACCCUGAAGCCCACGAGGCAUUUGUGGCCUUUCAGAAUGCCAAGGCGAAGUACAACAACGUGCUGAAGGCUCGUGGCACUACUUUGACUAAGAGCCGUGAGGAAGCUCUUAGUCGAGCGAAGGCACGAUCUUUCUGUUCGGCAUGUGGCAAGAAGGGCCAUUGGCAUAAGGAUGCGGAGUGCCCCAAGAACAAGGGCACGGGAGCUGCAGUGGCUCCCCAUGUGACCCACGUCGCCUUCUAUGCGGAGGGCACCCAGUUGGACACCAUCGUGGACUGUGCGUGCAGCCGCACGCUGGCGGGAACUAUGUGGUGCAGGAAGUACAUCGAGCUGGCGAAGGACAACGGCAUCCCCUACAUCAUCAUCAACCAGGACGAGACCUUCAAGUUUGGUGGGCCGAAGCUCUACCCGUCCAAGAAGGCGAUCAUCGGGUGGCUGGCCAUUCAAGGCCGUUGGUUUUUGAUCAAGAUAGCUCUGGUGGCAGCACAAGUGCCGCUUCUCUUGAGCCGGCCCGUGCUGGGCUCACUUGGAAUGAACUACAAGAUGGACAUCAAUGUGGCGGACUUCACAAAGCUUAGCCUUUAG